GGUCUUCCAGGGCAGCCCCUGGCACCUGGGGGUCCCGGUCUCGUCUGGUGCCAGCUCUGCUGAAGUGGAUUCAUCAGUUGUUUUUAUGAAUGAAGUGCAGGCCAGUGACUUCCUGAUGAGGGACUGCUACCCAGGGGGUGCAAAAAGGUUCAAAUGGUCCCAGGGCAGAGCAGGAGCCCUGAGGCGGCUGUGUCUGGGGUGGUGUGACUGGGCUGGAGCCCACCCAUAUAGUGGAGGAGCCAGACAGACAACGGCCCCUGAAGGCUGGACAGUUCACACUGCACAGGCAGGUGGCCCAGUGAACUCAGCAGGGGACAGGAGGUUGGGGUAAGAGCUGGUCUCCGGAGGGACGCAGGAGCUCACCUGGGACAGCCUGGCAGAGCAGUGGGGCUGGGGGGAGCCCUGCCAUGGGCCAGUCUGAACGGUCUCAACCUUGGCGUCUCUGCGCUCCCUGAGGUCUGCUCGGGCUCUGUCCGGAGUCUAACAACCCAAUGGGCUGGAACAGACUGCCUGGUCUCACUGCAGACCCCUGCGGAGGUGCAUGGAUCACUGGAGGGGAGUCGCUCAGCUGGGCAGAGCAAGGGCUGGAGCCCAGAGGUUGGGAGGUGGCGUGGGACCGCGGGGGGCUGGCAUCUCCAAGCCACAGUUCAGUAGCCUUGUGGCACUGUUCCCCAUGUAGCCCUAGCUGCCAGUUCUCAUGGCCGCCCAAGCUGCCCAUCUCCUCAGGGUGCAGUGGGGAGGGGUGGAGCAGAGCGCCCCUUUGAACUGUGCGACAGCAGCGCUGUGUCCCCGCAUCCACACUGGCACUCAGGGGCAGGAACGGGGUCAGGAGGGUCCCAGGCCCUGAACUCCUGGCCUCUGGGUCCGGGAAUCCCAGAGAUGGGGGAAGCAGCAGUGACUCUAAGGUCCCAGAAGUGGUGCAGGGAUCUCUGGCCCUCCCAGCAUUGAGCCCUGGCACAGAGGGGAUGGGUCUAUGCCUUGAGAGACGGUGCCCCAGGCCUGCGGAGCGGAGCUGCAGUCAGCUGGAGGGGAGGGGGCCAGCCAGGCAGGGUCAUGUCUGUGCUGGGUCUCUCCAGUCCUGCCCCAGGGCUGCAGCCCAGCCCCUGUGACCCAGCAGCUGCCUGCCUUUAUGGCGGGAGAGACAAGGGGGUGAGGUAAUAGAGGCCCAGAAAAAGAUCAUCCUUGUCAAUGUCACAGUCUCCUUUGAGAACAGGACCCCAGCCUUUCGCAAAGCCCGAGCUUGUAAGCUAGAAACGUACACCCCCCGUCUGACACCCUGAGAGCAAAGGGCUAUGAGGUGCAGAUGGAUGCCCUGAUCGUCGGAGCCCUGGGCACCUGGGACCCCUGCAACGAGCGCGUUCUGCGGACCUGCGAGAUCGGUCGACGCUACACACGGCUUAUGCGGCGCCUCAUGGUCUCAGACACCAUCCGAUGGUCCAGGGACAUCUACACUGAACAUGUCACCGGCCACCAACAGUACCAGGAGGUGCGAGCCGGAGCGACAUCGUGCAUCGACCACGAGAAAGGCACCGAGAGACUUUGUCCGUUGGACCAUAUGAACUGGAACCAUAAACUCACUGAACGUUAAAUCUCCCCAAAUGAGGGUCAUCAAGAAAGCCAGUGAACAGCACUGGAGCAAGACCAGCCCCCGCAGAGCCCCGCUAGCCACGACCCGACUGGAUGGUUGCAGGGUUUGUGACGUCCCUCCAGGCCUGGCUCAGAGAGGGGUCGCGGGUAUCCAGUCCUGCCGAUCACUACAUGGUUAGCUUUAGUUGCUGCUGUUUGACAUUCUGUCGGAACCGAGGGCCUUGUAUUAUCGCUGUCCGGCUGCCGCAGGAGGCCCCGCCACGCGGGGGGCGGACGGACGGAGGGACUCGGAGCUGCGCUGCCCGGAGCGGACCCGCCCGGCCAUGGGGCUCGGGCUCUCGCUCUCCCUGCUGGCCCCGGCGCUCUGGGCCCUGCUGCUGCUCUCGGCCUCCGAGGAGACGGUGCCGCGGGUCAGUCUGCACUACGGCUCCUCCGAGAGACCCGUGUGGUGGUUUGAGAAGGACGGAGUCACCAACUACACAACCCUGCUGCUGAGCCCAGACGGGGGAACCUUGUAUGUGGGGGCGCGAGAGUUCCUCUUCGCCCUCAACACCAGCCACUUCCAGCCUGGCCCGCAGCACCAGCUCCUGCCCUGGAGUGCGGACAAGGAGAGGAAGAAGCAGUGUGUGUUCAAGGGCAAGGACCCCCAGAGGGACUGUCACAAUUACAUCCAGAUCCUGCUGCAGCUGAACAGCAGCCACCUGUACGCCUGCGGGACCGGCGCCUUCAGCCCUGUGUGCACCUACCUCAAUGUGCAGAACUUCAGCCAGGCGAGGGAGCUGCUGCUGGAGGACGGGAAAGGCCGCUGCCCCUUUGACCCCGAAUACAAAUCCACUGCCAUCAUGGUCGAUGGUGAGCUCUACGCUGGGACCGUCAGCGACUUCCAGGGCAAGGAGCCGACCAUCUACCGGAGCCAGGAGAGCCGCAUCUCCCUCAAGACCGAGAACUCCCUCAACUGGCUGCAAGACCCAGCCUUCGUGGGCGCAGCCUACCUGCGGGAGAGCCUGCCGCCUGGCAACUCCGAGGGGGAUGACGACAAGGUGUACUUCUUCUUCAGCGAGACCGGCAAGGAGUUCGACUUCUUCGAGAACACCAUCGUGUCGCGGAUCGCCCGCGUGUGCAAGGGGGACCUGGGCGGGGAACGGGUGCUCCAGCGGAGGUGGACCACGUUCCUCAAGGCCCAGCUCUUGUGCUCGCGCCCCGACGACGGGUUCCCCUUCAACGUGCUGCAGGACGUCUUCGUGCUCACACCGGACGAGCGGCGCUGGAGGGACACGGUCUUCUACGGCGUCUUCACCUCCCAGUGGAACAAAGGGGGCCCGGGCAGCUCGGCAGUAUGUGCCUUCGCCAUGCACGACGUGCAGAAGGCCUUCGGCGGGCUCUACAAGGAGGUGAACCGUGAGACGCAGCAGUGGUACACAGACACCGGCCCUGUGCCAGAGCCCCGGCCCGGAGCGUGCAUCACCAGCCGCACGCGGCACAUGAGGAUCAACUCCUCUCUCCAGAUGCCAGACCGCGUGCUGAAUUUCAUCAAGGACCAUUUCCUGAUGGACAGUGCCAUCCGGAGCCAGCCGCUCCUGCUGCAGAGCCGCGUGCACUACCAGCAGAUCUGCGUGCAACGCGUGCGGGGCCUGCACCACGCCUACGACGUCCUCUUCCUGGGCACAGACGACGGGCGACUGCACAAGGCCGUGAGCGUGAACCAGAAAGUGCACAUCAUCGAGGAGAUCCGCCUUUUCCACGCAGGCCACCCAGUCCACAAGCUGCUGCUGGACCAGAGCCAGGGCCUGCUUUAUGCUACCUCGUACUCAGCAGUGGCCCAGGUGCCCGUCUCCAACUGCAGCCUGUACAGGAGCUGUGGGGAGUGCGUCCUGUCCCGGGACCCCUACUGCGCCUGGAGCGGAGAGGCCUGCCGCAGCGUCGCCCAGUACCACCUGCAGCUGCACCCCCAACCCUGGGCCCAGGAUAUCGAAGACGCCGACACGGAGAGGCUCUGCCAAGCAGGCAACGUGUCCCUGCCCAUCCCCCGCCUUCUCCAACCCCCAGCAGAGGGACCGCAGUGCCAGCAGAUCUGGCUCCUGCCCAACGCGGUCAGGCCCUUGCCGUGCCGGCUUUUGUCCAACUUGGCCUCGCGGCUGUGGGUGCACAAUGGGACCCAGAUCAACUCCUCCUACCUGGUGCUGCCGGACGGAUCCCUCAUCCUGGUGGGCAGCCUGGAGCGCCUGGGCACCUACGAGUGCUGGUCGCUGGAGGAGGGCUUCCAGAAGCUGAUGGCGAGCUACUGCGUGGGGGUGGAGGAGCUGGCCCCGGCGCUGCAUGUGCCGCUGGAUGCAGCGGGCAGGCCCCUGCCCGGCCAGGACGCCAUGGAGACCAUCAGCACCUCCCGGAGCACCUCUGCCGUGGGCAGCGUCUCCUCCCGGCACGACGGCAAGAGCUACUGGCCCGAGUUCCUGAUCAUGUGCGCGCUCUUCGGGGCGGCGCUGCUGCUGCUGGCGCUCUUCGUGCUCUGCCGGCACCGGGACAGCAUGAAGGCCUUCCUCAAGCAGGGCGAGUGCCCCCGCGGGAGCCACAGGAAGGUGGGGCUGCCCGUCGAGAGCCUGCCCCUCAACGGCAGCAGCCUGCCCAGCACGGCGCCCGACCACAAGGGCUACCAGGCCCUGACCGACAACUACAUCAGCACCCCCCCGCACGCGCCCCCGGGCGCCAGCCCGGCCUUCUCCCAGUCGGACAGGAGGCCCCUCAGCAUCCGCGAGAGCUUCGUGGAGGUCUCUCCAGCCUGCCAGAGACCCCGGGUGCGGCUGGGCUCCGAAAUCCGGGACUCCGUGGUGUGACCAGGCUGGGGCCAUGAGCUGAGCCCGUGAGACACACCAGCCCCGGCUCCGCUGAGCCUUCCCAGAGACCUGUGCCAUCAGGGCCGCAGCAUGGCAGGGCUGCGUGGGGCUAGGCCACCCCCGCCCCACCUCACCCUGCAGCCACUGACCCGGCUGUAACAAUGACCUGCAAACUGCCUGGCGCCAAGCGGGGGAAGGGGGGGCCCAGCACUAUGUAGCAUGUUCUCGGGGAGGCAGAGCCCCUCUGUGUAUCUGGGGGGCGCUCACACUCCCCUGCAGCCCUCGCCCCAGCCCUGCCAACCGUGGAACAGCUCUGGCAGCCAGGGGCCGUUGCUUGCUGCAGAAGCAGGGCGUUCCGGGAAGGCCCAGGGGCUCUGGUGCUGGGAGCGGUGCAGUGGGACCUGUGCACCUUAGUGGGGCGGAGCUGGCACGUCUAACACUGACACGUGUGAGCAAGCUGCUGCCUGCAUGUGGAGCCCGUUCUGUGGCCAGGCAGGAGAGUUCAUCUGUGUCGUAUCCCCCUCGUUCCACAUCCCGCUGUGCCGUCCUGGUGCCUGCCGAGAGCUGGGUUGGGGCAUGUUCUGUGCGUUUGUGCUUUGGGUUGUUUUUACUAUGUGACAAUGUGAACUGAGCCCCGGUGAGCACGUCCGAGCAGCAGCAGGCGCCGCUGUGGGGUGCUGUCACCGUACCGGCUCACACCGUUUGUGGACGUUCUUGCACAGAAAUGAGUUGUUGUCGUCUGUCUUUUUUUAUAUAAAGUCCACCUGUCUUGGUGAA